AUGAAGCCGUCGCCGUUUACGUUUGACCCUCGUGCUGAUACUCUACUCAUUCUGCAGAACCCCAACGCGCAUCUACAAGAGGAAAAUGAGAUCCAAGUGGACUCGGAGCCGGAGUAUGAACGGCUUGGGUCCGAUGAGGCGGGGUUGAUGGAAACAACAAAGGCCCGACGCGAUUCACCGAUGACUUUGGAUAAUGACCAGAGUUAUCCGAGAGGUUCGUUAGAAGAGGGCGGGUCAACGCAGGUCGAAUUCCGGGUGUCGUCGAGACAUUUGAGUCUUGUCUCACCAGUUUUCCGGGCGAUGCUGGAAAGCCAAUUCAAAGAGUCUCGGCCAAAUGAUCAAGGGCUCUAUGAGCUCCAAGCUAGCGAAUGGGAUGCCGAGGCACUCGUGAUCUUGCUCGACAUCAUCCACGGUCACCAUCGCGAGGUCCCGAAACGGAUAUCGGUGGAGACGCUCUCGCAUAUAGCAAUUAUUGUCGACUACUACGGCUGUCACGAGAUCAUGGAGCUGGUUUUCGCUGCUUGGGUGAGCUAUCUCGGACCGCCAGAAGAUUUCGUCAAGCAAGAUCCGAUGCGAUGGUUGUUUAUCUCUUGGGUCUUCAGGCAAGAAUCAUUAUUUACAACCGCAACGAAGAUGCUGCUCUUGUACGACAAUGGCAAAUACGUGAUAAAAUUGAUGACAACCGUCAAUUCGUUCUCAAUACCCUCUUCGGCCAUCUCUACAAUCUCCAACAAGAUCUCCUCGAAGGUAAAGCUGGCUGCUCAGAAACGUGUGCCAGUAUGCUUCUCGGUUCAUUGAUGAAGCAGAUGCGAACAAGAGGUCUU